CAUGCGUACGUUGAUGGCUUCCUAUGAUUCAAGAUGGCGGCAUUAAAUUGGUGGCUAAGGACACAAACAUUUAAACUUAACUCAUUAUAAACUUUUUCAAUCCAGUGUAAAGUCAAAAUGUAUGAUGGCUUAUUUGAGAAAGUGACCACACUACCGACUCUCAUUUUAUUUGUUGACAGUAAUGUACAACAAACCUAGAAGUCGAUUGACUCUAACAAGAGAGACUAACAUACAUACAACUAACUCUUUAGCCUCCUUACAAAUAGUUCCUACAGUUAGUAGUGGUAACUUACAAAGUUCCCUUUUCUCAAGACACACAGAAUGGAGAGUAAUUAUUCAAAUAUGAGGGUGAAAAUAAACCGAAUUUCUGUUAAUCAGAAAGACGUGAGGACUGAGCAACAGUUUGAUAAGAGCACUGUUCAGCCUCAAGACCAAGUGAUAUUUCGUCCAACUCAGAUUCUACCCAGUGAUGUAAACAUGAAGCGCUACACUCACCAAGGUACACCGGAUUUUGCGUUGAAUCAAUUUGCAGGUUCAGAUCAAAAAUCCACUGAAAAAGUUCCUAUUCACUACAGAAGUAACAAGAAACAAAUAGUUCCAGCAGCAGCCUUAGCACAUGAUCUAAAUGCACCCCCAGAUAUAGUUCAGGAUGUGGAGGACAGUGGGAGAACAUCACGCUCUAGUUCACAUUUGUCACCCAAUACACAAAAAGCACCUGCCUUUUUACCAGGUGAUAGAGUAAUAUUUGCAGAGAGUCCUUCAGCUCCAGGAAUACCUGUAGUUUAUAGAACACCUGAAGAGAGAUCUUCAAAUCCAGACAGACUUAAUCUAGACAGACGGAAACUAACAGUAUGUCCAAUUUUGGAGGGAGAAGAACAGCUGCGUCUGCUCAAUUAUCAACACAAUAUGAUAUGCAAAAUCCAGCAUCUGAGUUCAUUAAAACGUUUGAUAUUCUUAGAUUUGUAUGACAAUCAAAUAGAAGAAAUAGCAGGAUUGAAUGCACUGAAAUCAUUACGGGUUCUUAUGUUAGGUAAAAACAGGAUAAGGAGGAUAGAAAACUUAGAUACUUUGUUCAAGUUAGAUGUUUUAGAUUUACAUGGAAAUCAGAUAUCCAAUAUAGAAAAUUUAAAUCAUCUGUCCGAGUUACGAGUGCUUAAUUUAGCAGGAAAUCAUAUAGUGCAUGUAGAUAACUUAUCGGGUAUGGAUUCAUUAGCUGAACUAAACCUUCGACGGAACAAAAUCAAAACUGUGGUUGAUGUGGACAAUUUACCAAGCUUACAGAGGCUGUUUCUUAGUUUUAAUGAAAUUUCGAGUUUUGAAGACAUUGCUUGCCUUGGAGAAUCUACUAGUCUGUCAGAAAUAUCUCUCGAUGGGAACCCUAUCGCUCAGGAACAGUACUAUAAACAGAUUGUACUCAGACAUAUGCAACAGCUUAAACAGUUGGACAUGAAACGAGUUACAGAGGAAGAAAGAAGGAUAGCAUUAGUGAUGGCAAGAAAAGAUGAUGAAAAGAAAAAGGAUAUAAACAAAACACAGGUUUUAAAGGAAAAGAAGAGAUUAGCAAUCAACAAUGCCAGACGACAGUGGGAGGUUAUGCAGGGUAAUAUGAUUAACAAAUCUGGUAAAUUGUCACGGACACCAGACUUGUAUGCAAAUCAUGUUGGCAGCAUACCUAAUGCAGAACUUGUGUCACCAGAUGGCGCUGAUGAAAAUAUGGAGGUGGAGUCUAUAAAUAGAAAGUCCCGACUGAGACAAUCUCAGUCUGACGAAGACCUGAGUGAGAAACAAAGUAGUAGAGGCAACAGUAGACCAAGCAGCUCACACAGUAGUAACAAUUUUGAUUUACCUGAUAUCCCUAAAGAGCGACCAAGGACUAGUAGUAAUUCACGCAAAGUCGAUGGGACUAAAAACCUUAAAGAAACUAUUAUAUUUGGUCAAGGAGACAAUAGAACAGCAACUGAUCUCAGUAACUUGGCUGACCUUGAAGGUGACACUUUGACCUUGUAUGGUACCCAAUCUCUUGAAGCUUUGGACAGGAAUUGGGGAAUUCAGGCAGCAGGGGCAGUUACUCAUAUUAUAUUCAAAUUCAUUGACUUUGAAGAUAUUGCUAAACAGCUGUAUAAAGUGAGAACAAAGUUUCCUGGUGUUCAGACGUUAACAUUCAGUGCUACAAAUAUUCGAAGUUAUCAGCAGAUAAAUGCAUUAUCUAGUGUGAGGAGAUUUGAUAAUUUAAUAGUAGAAAAUGAGGGAAAUCCUAUCACCAAAUUCACAUUGUGGAGGAGUUAUGUUGUCUUCAGACUUGCUCACUUUGCCUUGAAGAAAAUCAAUGAUAUGGAGGUAACGGCAGGAGAUAUAGUAAAUGCUGAGAAGCUGUAUGGUCCUGUUUCACAUAUAACAACAUCACAACUUCCUCAGUCGAGACUUCUGUCCUUGGUAGGAGAGGCAAGAAGGAAGCAAGUUUUGUCAAUAACUGAAGAUAAAUCGAAGAAAUUAUUAGAAGGAAAGUUAGAUAAAUCACAGAAUGAUUUUGUGGGUAGAGCUGGUCUGACACACCAGCCUGUAGAAGCCGUCAAUACGAAACAACAGUGUCAAUGGACAAUAUACUCAGUUGAACAGAAUGCAAGAAGAAAUUUUGCUAGGAGUUAUGUAAAUGAAAUUACAAAAGAAGCGAUAUUCACGGACAGAAAAAAAAACGAAUUAUUAAAACAGUGGCCAAUGAUUUUUCAUGAAAUGGUUUAUUCGUCUAUGAGUGACAUGUCAGACAUGCAAAGUUAUAUGAAAAAAUGUUUAGAAGAGUUAGAGAAAAGCUAGCAGUGGUAUAACAAUAGUUUUAUUGCCUUUUAAUGGGCCGUUGCUAAGUGCCAUGAGAAAGUCUUUCAAUAGUUCUUCUGUAAAGCCGUCCAAUGACCGAAAUAUUUCACAUCUGUGACUGUGAUGUAUAAUGGCAGCAAGAAGUCAAAAGAUGGUUUAUUUAUAUGUUGUGAUCACAUGAUAUGCAAGGGUACUUCAGAAAUGUGAAAAGAAGUUAGAUGCAUCUUCUGGAUCAAAGAUGAUGAAUGCACUGUGCAAAUGAGCUGACUGACAAAAAUGUUUAUUAUGAAUGAUUUGUUACAAAAAAACAUUUCACUUUUGAUGAGACAAAUUAAUUUCUGAUAUUUUGAUGCAGUUUACAUAGGUGCUUUUAUAUCAAAUUUUGUUGUGUAAAAGGAAAAACAGAUUUUUAUUCAAAAAUGUCUGCCAGCACAUAUAUGUUUUUAACACAGAUUCUAUUAUAUGUUCAUAAAGGACAGAGUAAUAAGAAAAACAUGUUCAUGGUAUCAAACUGUUGUGAUUGGUCAAAUUCAUUUAAAAAAAAAACAAUGUAACUUUCGAAUGGUUAAAGUUUUCCUGGAUAAGUAGUCAGAGAUUGGUUUGAUGGCCUGUUUUAGGGUCUUGGGACCAAGUCCAACAUGUCCUAAAAACCUACCAUCAGAUGUCAGAGUAAUAAUCAAGGGCUUCUUAACAUACUGAUGAGUUAUCAUUUAACAUGUUUCUUCAAGAUCAAUGCACACAUUUUUUUUAUGUAAUUGUAUCUUGCCAUUUAUAUUUAUUUAUCAAUGGAAGUCAUUUAUUUAAUGUUGCUAAAUUAAGUAGAUAUGUUUCAAUCUAACAGUGAUUUCAUAUUUGAAAUUACCUUUUAGAUGUGAUGAUAUAAAUACGAACUUGUUAAACUUUCUUUUAAGGAUAAAUCUUGCACUUUUGAUUUAUAUAUGUUGCAAGUUGUAUGUAUAAGGUAUGUUAGGUAACAUAUUACAGUCUUUACAAAAAUAUGCCAACUGGUAUAUGUCGAAAAAUCAGUUGGUCAUAAACAAAAUUAUUAUCUUUAUGGUAUGUAAGGGCCUUUUUCUGAGAAAAAUUUCUACCCUUCAAAAUUCACUGGCCUUGGCAGGAGAGCUUGUGGUUAUUCAAGAAGAGUCAAAAUUGAAAAAAGCAGCUCAGUUAAUCUCCAAAAGGCCUUACAUUUUUGUAAAUUCAUUAAAUUCUGUUCAGGUUAAGUUGUUGCCUAUCUGAUUUCAAUUAAACAUGUGAAAAAAGUAUGGCAGUUCUCAUUGUGUCUUCUAAAGAACAGUAACCAAGUAGAAGUAACAGAAAAAAAAAAAAAACACAUUGAAAAUUGAAACCUUAUUCAGAAUAACUAUGGUGUCUUUUAUACUGGGUUGCUGUCUUAUUUUCUGGUCUUUAAUUUUGUUUUACUUGUUAAAUCUCAUACACAUAAUUUAUGCUAGUGCUUGAAAUAUUUAUACAUUUACAAACAGCAAUAACAUUUACCUUGUGUGGGCUUAUAUCUCGCUAUAAAAGUAUAAAGAGAAAAUAGUGCUAAUACAAAAUGCAAUCACAGUUAGUAAAGCAGGCUAUCAUUUGUAAACUAUGAGCCUUUUCAGAUAUUUUUGUGUGUUGAGUUGUAUAAGUUAACCUUAUGACUGCUGUUCCCAUAUAUUGGGUCACUUUAUCAAUUGGUCAAUUUAUAGUUAUAAUAUUCAUGAAAAGACUACAUUCAUUAAAGAAAAGGAUUGAUUUUAGUAUUUAGGAAUAAGAUGUUUACUAGUGUAGAAACCAUCAUUUUUCUUUGACUUGACGUUGUUUGUAACUGCAAUAGCAUUUAACUGCAAAGGAUAAAAUAUGUGAUACAGGUACAUUUGUGAAAUCCACAAUAUAGUUUGUUGCAUUUAUUUAAAUAAAAAUCAAGUAUGAAUGGCUGUAAGGGGAAGAAAGAUAUUAAAAAAAUGUGUAUUAAGUGUGUUUAAGUAUGAGAGAGAGAAAAGAUAUUGCAAAGUUAACUUGUGUAUCAUUGCUAUGAAGAAAGAUGUAUGAUUAAUAUAUGUCUACUUUGCCUUCUAAAAGAGUAAUGUAUGUUGUUUUUGUAUGAUUGGAAUACUGGGUACAUGAUAUGGAAGUAUGUAUGUAUUAGUAUAUCCUUUAACCUCGAGUGUUAUGGCUUACUAGUAUACUCAAAAUUGUAUUUAAAGGGAAUUUUUACUCUUGUCUUUCAUGUUUUCACAAAAUUUAUAAUGUUCACUGUUAUAUUAAUUGCCAUUUUUUCAAUUUUCAAUUAUUUGUUUUAAAAUUUUCCUCAUUUAAAUCUGCUUUUUGCUUUAAAACAUAGUCCAUUUAGUUUUAAAAUAAAUUCAAAGUUUUCAUGAAAAGUUAAGACAACUAAAAGACAAUUUUUUGUCAGACAGAAUAGUAUAUCUUACAUGUUCACUUUUUUUGCAUCCUUUCCCAUAUGUUUUGCUAAUUUCUUAUGAAAAAAGGGAAAUGAAAUUUUACAUAAAUUUCUUCCAUUUUCAAUCAUUUUAACAAUGAUAAAGGGGACAAAUUAGCAAGCAUAUGUUAUGAUGCUUUAUUUGGUGAACUUACUUUUAUGUAAAAAAAGGUUCUAUGAAUACUUGCUCAAGAAUUUGAAUGCAGCCUUAAGAUCUGAGCGAUCCUUUUCAAAUUUUAACUGAAAACAAAAUUCAAGUAAUUAGACAAAGGGAGGUAAUCCAUGCAUUUCUUCAAUCAAAUGAGGAUAGUUGUAUGUAUAAACGUAAGUUAAAUGCAGUUUGCAUGUUUAGUGUAACCAUUAAUUAAUUGUAUUAUUUCUUAUUUUGUGCUCAAUAUUUUAUUUAUUAUUUGUUUGUUAAUGUUAUAAACGGUUAAUUGCCAAACUGUUUUAUUAAGAGGCUAGGUAUUUAUUAUUUCUUAUUCACCUAAUUCACACGUUGACAAGAGAAUGUAAUUUAUAUGAAAAUGUCACUUUAAAAUAAAGGUGAUUGAAGUUCUGUUA